AUGGGAGGAGGUGGUGGUCCAGGCUGGUGUGCCAAGCACAUAAAAUCAAUCAUGAAUAUCGGUCCGACAUUUCUUGAUGUUCCGAAAGCUGUCAGUAACAUAUUGUCGGCCGAGAGCAAAGAUGUUGCUUUUAUCAGAGCAAUGGCUCCCGGUCUUCUAGAUUCCGAAAUUCUCGACCUUCAAACUCUACAUCAUGUCAUGCGUGUAUCUCAAACGUGGGAUUCUGUCAUUUCUUUGAUACCUAAAGGAGGAGAGACGAUAUGGGGUAACUUGGAUUGGUCUCCGGAAGACCAUCAUGUAUGUGAUUCAGCAAAGAAAAAGUAUCAGCAAGAUUUUGACAACAAUGGCAAUAACAGUGACAGUCGGAGGCUUUUCCAAACGGAAGAAGAACAUCUAAAAUCAAGAAUGGUAUGUGACAAACCAUGGUUCGAUCGCCUACUGGAUCAGACUGUCGAUUAUUUCCGCUUUGGAAUCGUUGGCGGGUCGGCUUUCAACAUGUUGAAAGGCAUGUACAACUCCCCAAAAGGUGAGCGCCUCAUCCGGGGCUUACAAGCUGUACGCAUGAACGCCCCCCGCUUUGGCAGCCGCUGUGCCGCCUUCGGUGGUCUUUCAUCUGUCUUGGAGAGUUCUAUGAUACAUGUAAGGCAGAAGGAUGAUCCAUGGAAUUCCAUCCUCUCUGAUGCCGCUGCCGCCGGAUUACUCAAGAUGCGCCGAUGCCGAGGCCUUGGCCCGGCUUCACGCUCGGCUCUCAUUUUUGGCUCGGGAAUGGCGCUAUUAGAGGGUUAUUUGAUUGUGAAAAAUAGGGUCCAGUCCCCACAGCCUGACUUUGCGGAGGUGGAUAAGAAGCAGAAGAGGGAGGAAUAA